CGGCUUUACAAAAAAAAAAAGCACCCGACUGUUCGUUUACUUCAAAGAACCGGCUCACGUCAUUCAUUUCACAGAGCCCAUUUUUUUAAAAAAAGAACUGUAUUGUUCGUGAAGGACUCACCCGCAGACACGGAAAGAUGGCUGCCGUGUUGUUUUUGUUAUUGUUAAUUAGUUGUCGUGCCCUCGGUUCUGGUCCAGACUUGGAGGUGGGUCGGGUCGAGUUGCGGCGCGUGCGGAGCCUCGCGGCACAUUCCAAAUACGGAGAGUGUUGGGCGCGUGCACUGGAGGAGCUGGACGCGCACUGCCGGGAGAUGACGUCAGAAACACAGGGCCGCUUGGCGCUUAAAUUCACACACUGUCACCUGAGCAGCUCAGGCAGGGCUUUCCCCUCCUGCCCUGAGGGGUCAGGGGUCAGCAGCUGCACGUCCUCGAUGGACCCUGUGGCCUUCAACUCUUACACCGAGUUCUUCACGCACGCUCACGCCAUAUGUCACUUCCUGCACGUCGAAGCCUCGCACGACCGAGCCGAGAACACCAUGCACAGGCUGACCGAGAGUUCUGCAGGUGUGGUGGAGCAGUUGGAGUCCACCAAGCACAUGGCUGAGGAGCUGAUGGAAGCCCAGAGUGUGGCCUUGCAGGCCCAUCAGGAGAUCCUGGAAAGUGGAAAGGAGCUGAGACUCACCCUGAGAGACUCCACCCAGGGUCUGAGGUCAAUGUUCUCCGAGCUGAGCAGCGUCUCCAGGGAGCAGCAGGUGGCGCUCUCGGAGCUCUUCAGCAGAGUGUCCUUCCUGCAGAACUUCCUGAUGAUGGAGGCGCACAGUGCCACUUCCUGCCUGUACAACGCCGGUGCACUCUGCGCCUCCUUCCUCCUCACCUCCACCCAGCGCUCCUCCAGAGCCAGGUUAGUGUUGUUGGGUUUGGUGUUUUUGAACUUUUACUUGGAGAGAAAGAUCUGCCAGUUUGUGAUGACUUCUGAUCUGCCGGACCACAAACAAAUGGAGCUGGUCAGUGUUUACGUUGGCGUGCUGAGGAGGUUCAUGGUGGGCGUGGCCGUGUUGGUUCUGCUCUGGGUGUGUGUCCGUUACGUGGACCCGGGUCAGCAGAGUCUUCUGGUCCUGCAGCAGCUCCGAGACACACAAUGUCGCCUGCAGGAGGCGCUACAGAGAGCAGAGAACUUGAGCCAAUGGAAGAAGGCGGAGCUGGAGGUGAGAAAAGUUCAGAGGUCACCUGACGAUAAAAGGAGUUUGAUUCAGAGAAGAAGGGAAGAAGAGGAGAACAAGUUGGUGUCCUCCAGCACUAAUAACUGGGACCUGUCUCACCUGUCGCUCAUUGGCUGUUGCUCUGACAGUCCCCUCCGUAGUGCGCUGAUCGCCGUGGCAACAGAGACAUCAGUGCAGCCCCUCCCUACCCAUGAUGCCUCAGUGGCCCCCGUCCGACGUCCUCCCCGCCGAGCCUCUUCGCCUCAGGUCUACAUCGUCCCGGUGGAGGACAGACAGCCUCGUUACAGCCUCAGGAGCCGAAGUUCCCAGAAACUCUGAAUUUUUAACACUUUUUUUUAUCUUCAAUAAAUGUGUUUUUUUUUUUUU